UAAUUGCAUCCACCUGUUGGCAAUUGUGCCUUUAUCCAUUUUCCAUCUUCAGUUCCUCUUGUAUUCUAUCUCUCUGCAACGAUUUUUUUAGAUCUUUAUAUUGUAACACAUGUCUUUGAUAAAUACAUUGUUAAAUAGCUUUAAGUUAUCUCGUUUUGCUCCUUGUUAAUAUUUCUAGGCUAGAUUCUUCUAAAAUUAAGGGUGAUGUUGUUUGUUCCAUCAGGAGUGGAUCCUCCACCUGAGAUACGCCCAAGCAAGAGACGCUGGCGAAUAUGUAUGUCAACUGUCAACUCACCCUCCUAUGGUCUUCAUAUCCACGCUAACCAUCACAGAAGCAUCAGCAGAGAUCGCGGGUGGCCCGGAGAUGUAUGUUCAGGAGGGUAGUGUCGUGGUGCUCAACUGUACACUCCGUCAGCACACACAGACACCGGUGUAUGUCUUCUGGUAUCAUAACCGCACCAUGAUCAACUUUGAUACCAAUAGACAGGUGUCGGUGAAGAAGACAAGAGACGGCAGCGUACUGACGCUAGCUGGCGUACGACGCCCUGACUCCGGCAAUUACACCUGCUUACCUGCCAGUGCCAACCCCGCUUCCAUCACUCUACACAUCAUAGCUGGUAAGUCACCCUCGUUCCAUCACUCUACACAUCAUAGCUGGUAAGUGACAACUGUUCCAUCACACUACACAUCAUAGCUGCUAAGUCACCAUUGUUCCAUCACUCUACACAUCAUAGCUGGUAAGUCACCAUCGUUCCAUCACUCUACACAUCAUAGCUGGUAAGUCACCAUUGUUCCAUCACUCUACACAUCAUAGCUGGUAAGUCACAACUGUUCCAUCACACUACACAUCAUAGCUGGUAAGUCACCAUUGUUCCAUCACUCUACACAUCAUAGCUGGUAAGUCACCAUUGUUCCAUCACACUACACAUCAUAGCUGGUAAGUCACCAUUGUUCCAUCACUCUACACAUCAUAGCUGGUAAGUCACCAUUGUUCCAUCACACUACACAUCAUAGCUGGUAAGUCACCAUUGUUCCAUCACUCUACACAUCAUAGCUGGUAAGUCACCAUCGUUCCAUCACCUACACAUCAUAGCUGGU